AUGAAGGCACAGAAGGUGGGCAGAGGCUUGUCGAAAGAGUUUUUGAGUUUGGGCGAGUGGGGAGGUGAGGCGGAGGCGGAGGAGGAGGAGGAGGAGGAGGAGGAGGAGGAGGAGGAGGAGGAGGAGGAGGAGGAGGAGGAGGAGGAGGAGGAGGAGGAGGAGGAGGAGGAGGAGGAGGAGGAGGAGGAGGAGGAGGUGGAGGAGGAGGAGGAGGAGGAGGAGGAGGAGGAGGAGGAGGAGGAGGAGGAGGAGGAGGAGGAGGAGGAGGAGGAGGAGGAGAAGGAGGAGGAGGAGGAGGAGGAGGAGGAGGAGGAGGAGGAGGAGGGGAUGAGGAAGGGGAGAGAGUGUGGAAUGCGAGCUGCUGUUGAAAGGGAUGAAGGAAGGGAAGCGGGCGGAGGGAGAGGAGGGCCAAUGGAAAGAAGAGUGGGAGGGAUAAAGAGGCAAGGCACGGGAGCCAUAGACCUUACAGGGGGUGAGGGCGGCUUACGAGUAUCCAGAGGAGCCAGAGAGUGCAGUGCUGCCACCAUGGCCUGCGUCCUCCCCGCCAUGCCCAUUCAAGUGCCUGUGCGCCCUUCCAUCGCCGCAGCCGCCGAUGCACCUACCCCAGAUGAACUCACCCCAGAUAACCCUCUCUGCGGCUCUUGCAUUGUGGCCGUCUUGUCCUGUAGUGCUGCUGACGUGGAGGAAGGGACGGACGAGAGAAGCUCCGAAGCUGACAUGGACGGGCCGAUUCGCGGCCGAGGCAAUCCCAUCCUACCACCUGCACCUGUCACCGGACCUCCCUUGGCACCGAAGCUAAACGCCCGGGCAAACGACUUGGCCGAACCUAAGAGGCUCCCUCCCAGCCCCAUUGCUUGUGUUGGGGGGGAUGGCGGAGAUGGGGGACGUGGGGGGGAUGGGGGGGAUGCCAGGCUCGCAGCAGCAGCAUUCGCACUGACGCCCGUUUUGAUUGGCCGCAGAUUCACGGGGGUCGCCAGCUCCAGUUCCCCAACCAAUCGGCUUCCACUGUUUGCGACGCCUUUCACUGAUUGCGCAUUGCGUGUCCCCCCGUCGCCUCCCUUUUCCGCUCCUUUCCCUCCCCCAUCGAACUCGCUUUCCCCCUCUCCCUCCCCUCUCCGCCCUCCUGCCUUGCCUUCCGAAGCCCUCGCCCCGUUCCCAGCCUCUUCCCCCCCUGCAGAGCGCUGCUGCACGCGACCCUCCGCGGAAGACGAGCGCGGAACGGCUCCGCCUCCUUCCAGCGCGCGCCGCAGGCACGCGGAGCAGGGCAUCCCCCAGCCGGGGGCGGCAUGCGGGCAGGGGGCAUUUGCCGCCGCCGCGGCUGAAGGCUCGGCGCGGGUUCGCGCGGGCAAGCGCUCAUCAUCUGCGCGCGAGGAGAAGGAAUGCGAGGCGGAAAGGAACGGCGCGGCAGUCGCAGAGCGGGCGUUGGCGGAAGCGGAUUUCCCUACCGGAGGCGUCGCGGUGGCUGCGCCGCUGGCGGAAGCGCCGGGUGUGCCUGUACCGAGCGGUGGCGAGGAGGACGUGUUAGAAGAACGAUUCCUUCUAAGCGUGGGAACGAGCGGCGUGCGGGAGGAAAAGGAAAUAUUCCCGCGGUCCGGCGUGGUGCCGUGCUCCGGGACGGACGAAUGGAAUAAGGAGCGCGGGUCACCGGGUGACGUGGCAGCAGAGGACGACGCCCAUUGGACCAUGAAGCGCAUGUCGCGGCCAUUCAUUGACGUGCUUCGUGACCACAGAAUCUGUGGCUUCCCCCCCCCCCCGCCGCCGCCGCCGCCUAAGUCACGAGAAUUAGUGCUGAAGCCGGUCUGGUUCUUCGGAAGCUGUUGUAAGGAAGGUUCCACGUCGGGCCCGCCGUCGUCCCCGUUCGUGCGAAGGAAGACGUCUCGUCGCCGCAUUGUACGGCACGUAUCGAGUUGUAGCGGUGUGAAUGACAGUUAUGAGAGCACUCAAGAUAGGGACAUACUACUACAUCUCAAUCGCCUCGCACUUGGUCCUCGACACGGUCCCCCAUAA